GCUGGUUCCUUUGCCGAAGGCCGAAGCAGAUGGUGCUCAUCUCUUCGCUUCAGGACAGAUCGAGCGAAAAGGAGAGCGACGCCGGAUCCAGUUCUUCCCGCCGGCGAGGUCCUCGAUUCCCUCACCUCCAGGGGCCUUUUUGGCUUUGGGUGGCUGAGGGGAUUGAGGAUCUUGACCGCGGGGUGUAUAUAAUAUAAUCCUAGGAUAGCUAGUUUUUCUACAAUAAAUCUCCCCAUGGCAGUUCGUGGGGAUUGGCUGUUCCUCGUCUUCAGCUCGAUAGCCGUCGUUGUUCUUCGACCUCGGUGCAGUGCGGAAGGUGAGCUCUUUUGUUUCCUCCCGAUCUCCUCUACCGUUGCUUGUGUCGCUGGUGAGCGGGAUUUGGUUGUGGUUGGGCUGCGCACGGCACUGGGCGACGGCGUCCUUUGCAGAGGAUUCGGUACCGACAGCGACGGCGACGCUGAUCUCGCAAUCUACAACAAGGUGGCGGAGGUGUGGAAUAUUGGGAGGUGUUGUCUCUUCCUCGUCUCCGUCAUAGCCGGCGGAAGAUCUGGAAGGUUUGCCUACCAACUCGCUGAGAAGCCGGGUUGGGAUCUGAGUCCCACCUUCCACGGUGGUUCUGCUUCCCUUCGGGGUUCGUCGUCGUCCGGUGGCCUGGAAGCUCUGGUGCCUGUGGCGUUAGAUUCCUCAGUAUCCGACGAUGUCCGGCCGGGUCGUUCAUUGUUUACAAAACAAGUCGGGUUAAAUCUGUGUUGCUUUGCCGGAGAGGAGUUUGGCUUCAAGCAGUGCGCUCCGGCCGCCGGUGGCGAGGAAGACCGGGAGCUUACAAGAAUCUGGUUGUAAUUUUCUUUCUGUUCAAGAGUGUUCUUGUCACUUUUGUGUUGUAACUACCAAAAUCUUUAUGUGAAAUAUAAAUCCGGUUUCUCAAAAAAAAAAGCAGAUGGUG